GGGGAUCAAUAACACCAUAUCCAGCCAACCCCUCCCGAUCUGCUCUUCAGCGGACGCUGUUACCCUUUGUUGUCGAUUUGGAGUUGAUUACGGUAAUCAUGACGAAUCCGGGUCACUCUUGUUAUCGAUGCUGAUGAACUGCAGGUAUAUCCCUGUGGUGCCGAGACGUCCCUGAUUCCGUCCCUUUUGGAGUUCAUCGUAUAUAAGGAGGACUGUGCCACAUCCUCUGUGAGCUCGAAUUGAAUCCAUUCCAAUUUAUCCUGCAAGACUCUCUGCUGUUUUCUUUACUUACCUUACACUUAUACACCACUCUACUCUUAAUACCUAGUCAAGAUGGCGCCCAGAAUCGCAAUUGUUUACUACUCGAUGUACGGCCACAUCGGGCAGCUUGCUCAAGCUGCUAAGGCUGGCAUUGAGAAGGCCGGUGGCACUGCCGACCUCUACCAGGUCCCCGAGACCCUCUCCGACGAUGUCCUCGCCAAGAUGCACGCCCCUCUCAAGCCCACCGACGUCCCCGUCAUCGAGGACCCCGCGAUCCUCAAGGAGUACGAUGGCUUCCUCUUCGGCAUCCCUACCAGAUACGGCAACUUCCCCGCGCAGUGGAAGACCUUCUGGGACAAGACCGGCCAGCUCUGGGCGACCGGCGGUCUUUACGGCAAGGCGGCCGGUCUCUUCAUCUCGACCGCUGGUCUGGGCGGUGGCCAGGAGUCGACGGCCAUCGCGGCCAUGAGCACGCUUGCCCACCACGGCAUCAUCUACGUGCCUCUCGGCUAUGCCAAGGUGUUCGGCGAGUUGUCCGACCUCUCGCAGGUUCACGGCGGCAGCCCCUGGGGUGCUGGUACCGUUACUGGCGGUGAUGGCAGCAGGCUGCCGAGCGAGCUCGAGUUGAAGGUGGCGGGCAUCCAGGGCGAGGAGUUCUACAACACCUUGUCCAAGCUUACCGGUGCGUGAGAGUGCAAGCGGCUCGAAGAGUGGUAAUGGCGCAAAAGCAACAGCUGCUGUCAUUGAGGCACAGCCGGUAGCUUCUCAACCAAAGCCAGUGUCGCAACAGAAGAAGGAACCCGUGAAGAAGGAAGAACCGGUCCCUCAGCUGAAGGAAAGCAAAGAAGGUCCUUGUGGAUUGCCUUCCAAAUGCGACGUCAUGUGAACUCGUGAAGGCGAUUUUGUCAGUUUAGCAUGCAAUUGAUACCAAUUCAAAACAGUUAAUAUCCAA